AUGAGACGGACACCAUCUAUCGUUUUGUUGGAGGUCGAAAGAAAAUUCGCUUCCCUCAAAUGCUACCCUCUACGUGUCGACUCGGGUUUUCCUCCAUUUUCGAGCCUGACCGAUCUCGGGCACCGCCAUUUUCACGAUACGUACUAUGACUACAAUGGGCAACUCUGGAAGAAAGGAACGUGGCUGAGGCGAAGAGACGGAGAGUGGCAAAUGAAAAUCAGAGGAGGAGGUGAUUACAUCAAUUCACGUUCUGAGGAAGUCUCGGAUUUGGCGACCAUUUCGACACACAUUAAAUCCUUGACUGGUCUGGACUACGAUGCGAAGCGGCUGUUUGGUCUGAGCCAUUUUGCCAGCUUCAGCACACGUCGCCGCGCCUGGAUCGCAGACUCGGAGUUCAAAAUCGUACUUGACCGGACAGAUUUCGGGCAUACUGUUGGCGAGGUGGAGCUCGAAACAUCCGUGAACGCGCGAGACGGAGGUGCAGCACAGAGCGUGAUGAGGUCGAUGGAUGAGAGGAUCGUUGCAUUCGUGCGGCAUUAUGCAUGGGCAUUCUCGUCUGAAACCCCGGUCGGAAAACUGUCUGCGUACUUUGCCUGGCAAUCAUCCGAGAAGACCUAG